CUCCAUUCCCCAUGCCUUUGGUCCGUCACUCUGUUGGUUCCUCUAUCUUGAUCCGUGCUUCCGCUCCCGCUCUGGUCGUGUUGGCCUGCUGAUCUGAUCCGGAAUCAACUCGAGCCGUCGAGCGUGAGGCAAUAGCGGCCGUGCCUGCUGAAGUUCCAAUGCCGUUGACCACCCCUGAUAUUCCACCGGCCAAGAGGAAGAAGAAGGACCCAAGUUGUCUGCAAAUCUCGCCGGUGGUUCCGGCCACGGCGACUGCUGGCUGGGCCUCGCUCCCGGAUGACCUCGUCCGCCGUAUCGCCGACUCCUUCCUCGCCACCAACGACGUCGACUGCUACAUGGACUUCCGCGCCGUCUGCCCCAGCUGGCGUGCCGCCACCGACGACCCCAAGACUAACACAUCCGAUCCUCGCUUCUUUCCGCGAGCAUGGAUCGUGCUCGACGAGGUCUUCCAAAGCGACGAUAGGCGGAUCCUUUUGAACACUAACACCGGCCGCUUCCUCCGCAAGAAGAUUCCGCUGCUGCUGGACUACUACGUCGUGGCCACCACUAGCGGCUUCUUCGUCCUGGCGGACAGGAGCCCUCCUCACGCUGCUCGUGUGUUCAACCCUCUUACUGGCUAUACGCUCCGUUUCAUGGUGCCUAUGCCCCCCGACGUGAGGGUCGCCUUCGUCGGUUCCUGGGGCAGGGGGAAGGCAUCAUCUCCGCUUUGCCUUGUUUUGCUUGGCGACUUGUCUUGCAAGCUUUACACGACCGUUCCGGACAGUGAAGGUGUACUGUCUUAUGACUAUCGGCAAGAAGUUUAUAAUUUUUUCCGGAAGGUGAUCGUGGGUGGUGCCUACCCACACAUCGCUGGGCUGGGGUUUGCCCCUGCAUUUGCUGAGUUAUUGGAUUUGCUGAGGUCUCUUCAUGCCGAUUUUGUCAAGGUUUUCUUCAAUGAUCUUCCUGAAGAUGCAAACGACAUCCGGUUUUUUCUAGUGGGUUUGGCUAUACAUAUGGUGCUCGUCAUUAAAAUACAGGGAACCCUCUUUGUGUUCAAGAUGAACACCGAAUUAGGCAAGGUCGAGCCUCUGCAGAGCAUCAGCAAUUUUGCCAUCUUCAUCGGUCACCGCAGGUGCCUGCCUGUCGAUGCUACUAAGUUCCCAGGCAUAGAGGCAAACUGCGUGUACUACACCGAACAUUUGGGUUUGUCGGCUCACAUCUGCAAGUACAACAUCAAGGACAAGAAAGUAGAGAGGAUCUCGGAAGCCCCCGAAUUCGUGAAGCAGGACAAGCAGUUUGUCCUCGUCGCCCACCGUCCUUUCACGACCAUCCAGCUUCUCUGCAGCUACACCAUCAACACCCUGGAUUCUCAGCUGGCCUUGCAACAGAUGUCAGAAGGCGUCGAAGCAUCUCGUUCCAACUCUGGGGAUAUUGAUCUCGAUGACUGAGAAUGCUAUGCUUUUGCUAAGUAACUGUUUUUGUUUUCUCUCUUAGUCUUUCGUUUUGUUAUGUUGGAUAUGCAUUGACAUGUUAUAGGCAAGAAACAUGUUGAUUCUAGGUUAGAUCACCUGUUGUAGAACUACUCUUUGUUGUCUUAAUUAGAACAUGGUAUCAAUCUAAUUUUAA